UUGCGUACAACACGCGCUAGUUUGUACUUAUCGCGAAAGUUUCAGCCGUCGGGCGGAGGGGUUGGGGGUGGCGACGGGGUUGCAGUAUCGAUCGCGUCUGCUGCAUGCAACGCUGUCUUCCGCAGAUCAGUCCUUAUCGUCUGCCGGAACGAGCCUCAGCCGGAGUCGAGUACUAAAAAGCCUUUACGAGACAUUCCAUAUAGGAACGGCACACGCACGCCGAAACCAGACGUCAGUAUUGAGGCGUGCGCUCACGCUUCGUAG